GGGGGAAGAUGGCGGCGAGGUUGCGGCGGCGGCGACGGUUCGGGGCGGCGGGUGUCGUUGAGGAGACGGAGGGGGAGAUGCCGGGGGAGCGGGGCCUGGGAGCGGGGGGAGAGGAGCGGGAUGGUGAUGAUGGUGAUGAUGAUGAGCUGCCGGAUGAGGAGACGUUCAGCAGCGGGCGGGAGCGCGCGGAGCGGCGGCUGGAGAGCGCGAGGAGGGAGAAAGCCUUGUUGAAGGAAAAAAGAAAACAAAAACUGGAACUAUUCAGAGAACAGAAGAAACGCAAGUUGCUGCCAGAUGACAUUCUUGAAGAGAUUGCUUCAAUUCCAAAAAAGAUCGACCAGGCUCCUGCUUCCAGGAAAAAAGGUCGUGUGCUAGCUUCUGUACAGAAACCCGAGCAAGAUAGUGGAUUGGAAGAAGACACUGAAGAAUGUAUAGAUAUCAGGUGGAAGCAGAGCUACAGGGCUGUUCAACUGAAGGAUCACGGUCGAAAGAACCAGCAGGUUAGGAAAGCUAAAUCCUUCAUGAAACGCCGUCUCUAUGGCCGUAAGAGCAGAAGAAGCACCGUCAAUGAAUACUUCUCGUAUGAAAAUAAGCGAAGCCAGAAAGCUGCGAUGCAAUUCGUCAACUCAUCGUGGGGAACAAAGAAAAAACAAAAAGCCGAUAAGUAUCGCAAACAGUGGCUGCAGAAUCACUGUGCGGCUGGACGGUGAGAGGGUGGCAUCACCGAGAAAGAGUGAAGUCCACACUGACUGGUGGAGAAAUGAAGCAGGAGGUCUCCAGAGCAUGGAACCAGACUGAGCAGAGAUGUCCUCAGCACAUCUGUGCUGGCUGCAGCUCACUGGGACAGAGGAGACCUUUCUGUACAAAGGAGAAAUGAAAUGUUCCUGCCUCGUACAAUUUUACAAUUUAUACUUUCCAUUAAAUAUUUUGUUGCUAAAUCUGU